CAGGAGCAUUUCAGUUUCGAGUUGCCAAUAACAGCACAGUUAAAAAACACAUAUAAAAAUACAAAAAAUUAAAAAAAAAAACAGAAGUUCGGAAAACAAAAUUGUAUGUGCCGUAAGGAGGGAAGCUAAGCAAAAUCAAUAAUUGGCCGAGCCUGCGUGUGUUUGUCUGUGCGUGUGUAAGUCGUGUAUGUGAGAGUGUGUCAACCUUGCACGCUGGACAACUGAAGCAAAGGCCAUGCUGAUUAAGCAAUAAGUAGAAGAAGAAGCAGACUACAAAAACAUAACAACUUCAGAAGACAAUAUGCAACAACAACAACAACAACCACCACCAACGCAGCAGCAGCAACAUCAACAUCAACAUCAACAACAGCAACCAGCUGUCAUAACCAAUUCGAGCAGUGGCAACCACACGCCCAUCAACUCAGGUGUCGGUGCGGGUGCUCUACCAGGUAGCAGCACACCCAUACGCAUAGGCAGUGCAAAGCAUGCGGGCGGCGGGGAUACACUGGUGCCGCCAGUGGCCAACGUCGCCUCCCAUUCAGUGCCCGGCACACCGCAACAGCAGCCGCCGCAGUCGAGCAGCGUGCCCACGGCCACUGGGAGUCAUCUGCAGCUGCAGACGGCCGGAAUAAUGUCCAUGGCGGCCUCCAAUCAGUCGCUGGGCGUCAGUGCCGGCAUUGGCGCCAGUGCAGGCGGCAGCAGCAUCAGCGGCAUUAACAUAACGCCACCAAACAGCGCCGGCCUGAGGCAGUCGUCAGUAUUCGAUUUUAAAUUCAAGCGUCGACCCUCGCAAAAAGUGCUUUUAACCAAACUGCCCUCCACAGACAGUUUGAGCAACAGCCCAGCGCCAUCAUCGCCAGGAAUCGCCAAUUGGGCCGCAGAUAAUCGUGAUGGCAAUUCGGCAGACAAGUCUGCUGCAGAUGCGGCCAAGCUCAAUCGCAAGGAGUCGUACAAGGCCCAGCGCAAGAACUAUCGGCGCGAGAAGAAGCGCGUGGCCAGUGAGUUGAUGAACUCUCUGCAGGAUCCGGCGGUCAUAGUGCUGGCUGACUGGCUAAAGGUGCGCGGCACACUAAAGUCCUGGACGAAGCUGUGGUGCGUGCUGAAGCCUGGCCUGUUGCUCAUCUACAAGAGCCAAAAGACAAAAAGCAGCCACUGGGUGGGCACAGUUAUGCUGACCUCGUGUCAGGUGAUUGAGCGGCCCAGCAAGAAGGACGGCUUCUGUUUCAAGCUCUUUCAUCCGUUGGAUCAGCCCAUUUGGGCGCCACGCGGACCCGAUAAGGAGACCAUAGGCGCUGUGGUUCAGCCACUGCCCACAGCCUACUUGAUCUUUCGAGCGCCGAGCCAGGCCGCUGGCAAGUGCUGGAUGGAUGCACUGGAGCUGUCGUUGCGCUGCUCAGCUUUAUUGCUGCGGUCCAACAGCACCAAUACGCCGUCCAGCAACUACGCCGAAGAGCCGUUGCCCGUCUCGGACGAGACUCAGUGGUCGGAAGCCGACUAUGAGAAGCAUUUCAACGAUCACGAUCUGGACGCUGACAGUCAAAAUGAAGCGCCCAAUGCGGCAAUGUCGGGACUGGAGAGCGACUCAGAGUCAGAACCGGCACAUGAAGAUGAUGUGGCUGAACAAAUACCAUGCGAGGAGACUACCUAUGUGCCAUUUCAAGAGGAGGAGUUCGGUGAGCAAGGAGAGCAAGUGGAGGAGUUGGCCGAGGAAAAUAAGAGCCUCAUCUGGUGUAUCGUGAAGCAGGUGCGACCCGGCAUGGAUCUAAGCAAGGUGGUGUUGCCCACGUUUAUUCUGGAGCCGCGCUCGUUUCUUGACAAGCUGUCUGACUCCUAUUAUCAUGCGGAUUUGCUCUCUAGGGCUGUCCAUGAAGAUGACGCCUACACACGCAUGAAAUUCAUCGUGCAAUGGUACCUGUCCGGGUUCUACAAGAAGCCCAAAGGCCUCAAGAAGCCAUAUAAUCCCAUAUUGGGCGAAACGUUUCGUUGCUACUGGCAACACCCCAACGGCAGUCGUACCUUUUACAUUGCCGAACAGGUUUCGCAUCAUCCGCCGGUAUCGGCAUUUUAUGUUACGAAUCGCGAGGAUGGCUUCAGUAUCUCCUGCUCCAUCUUGGCCAAAUCGAAGUUCUAUGGCAAUAGCACGUCGGCCGUACUAGAGGGUAUGGCCACGAUGACGCUACUGCCACGUGGCGAAAUUUAUACAGCAACCACGCCCUAUGCCCACUGCAAAGGUAUACUCAUGGGUACAUUGUCCAUGGAGCUCGGUGGCAAGAUAAACAUCGAAUGCGAGAACACCGGUUACAAGACGGAGCUCGAAUUCAAGCUGAAACCAUUCCUUGGCGGCUCAGACACCAUAAACGUAGUCGUAGGCAAAAUUAAAUUGGGUAAAGAAACUUUGGCUACUAUUAACGGUCACUGGGACAAGGAGCUACGCCUCAAGGAUCUAAAAACCGGAGAAGAAAGCGUACUAUUGAAGGUCGAUGCAGAAAUGCGCUCGAAGCGGCUAAUACGGCACGUGGUGCCAUUGGAGAAACAGUUGCCAACAGAGUCGCAGCGUCUUUGGAGUCUUGUUUCAGAUGCCAUAGCACGGGAGGAUCAAGUCGCUGCUACCGAGCAGAAAACAGUGCUGGAGGAAAACCAACGAGCGGCGGCCAAGUCGCGUUUACAGAACGACCAACCACAUGUUCCGGCCCUCUUUGAACUGAACGCUUACGGCGAGUGGAUAUACAAGUACGCGGAUUUGCGGCCAUGGGACGUUCGUAACGAUGUACGCCAAUACGAAUGUGAUUAUAAGGUGCUCACCGAGACGCGGAACAAAACGGUGCCGAUCGUGCUUAGCACCGAACUAAUGCGUUCCAAUAUAGACCCUGGCGCCCACUCCACUAGACGGCUUCCCUCAGACACCACAAAUGUGUCCAAAACUAAAAACAAGCCCGUGGAUUCGGACUCAAGUCCAUCGCCGCAGGGUGCUGUGAAGCGUGGCUCAAAUACCUCAGCCAUUAGACAACUCGCCUUGGCCAUUGACCAGAUGAACGCAACGUUGGCCAACCAUUCAAAGCAACUAAACGACAUCACAAACCGGCUGGAACGAAUCCAGUUUGCGCCGAACUUGAGGAAUGGCAGUAUCAAUUCAAAUGACUUAAUUGGGGGCGGCGUCUCCAUAUCGACGGUGGUCAAGUCUAUAUUCUAUGCUUUAAUUGGGCUAACAUUCAGCGUGAUUCUGCGCUGGUUCUUUAAAUAGUUAUUUUGGUUAAAUUUUCUAUAUAUAAGUGCAACAUUUGAGCUAUGGUAUAUACAAAUAUAGUCUAUUUAUACACGUCCAAUAUUAUUCUAAAGCUAUAUAGCCAUGCCUCUUCUAUUGUAUAUUCUGUCCCACUCAAAGAAACAGAUUCACUGUUCAAAUGAGCGUCGUGUAAAGUCAAUCAAGAAUUAUGAAUUAAGCUAAUUGGUAUGUUAGUCCCAAUAAAUGUCUAUAAUGUAAUAUUAACUACUGCGGCCACAGAAAUGCUGAAAACUAUUCAGCAGGCCCGAUCAGGUACGUUUAGGCUUAUUCGUUUUACAAAGGAUACGUAUAUCUACAAUGAAAACUAUCACCAAAAUUUCGUAACAAUUCCAUUUCACGGACACUACAAUGCAUUCAAUUCCUGUUGUUUUCAAACACAAAUGCAUAGAUAUACUAGUACUCAUAAAAUAUAUAUGCAUAUAUAUUCAUAUGAGAUCAUUUGGCAGAGCUGCUCGAGAGGCUUUCUCAUGAACAAGAACAACGUGCAACACUCAUAAACAUUAAGAAAGUUUAAUGCUAAAGUGAUUAUUAUAAACUUAGUGUACUAUAUACACAAAAUACAUGUUCUUGCAUAACAUCCACACAAAUUGUACUACCUGAAAACAUAUUUGGAUCGAAAUAAACAUUUAACACA